CGACUAUAGCCGUGGCUACGCAUUAUGCUACUGGAUAAUGCAAUAAAUAACAAACACAUAGCAUGACAAGUGCAGAUAUAAUUUUCCCGACACCUACUUGAGAAAUAUUUGUGUUUUAAGUGAUUAGUGCGAUUGUGUUUUCAAAAGAUGGAAGGCGUCAGUACGCAAGAUGCAAUACGCCCCGACGAGGACGGCGCCUUGAUCAACAACAAUAAGGAAAACAGAAAGAAAAUGAACAAGGAGUUAAUUAUCAGUAUUUUGAAUCGGGUUGGCCUAGUUUUUCUAGGAUAUGUAGUAGCUUACAUGUCUUGGUCCUUGAUUCUUCCCUUAAUAACCAUAGGGACUUUGGUGUGGCUUGAAAAUAAAACCAACAAAACUAAGGAAUCAAUUAAAAAGAAAGCAACGGCUAGUAAUUUGAGCAAAGAUGAUCUAUUGAAAUUGUUGAAUAAUGAACUUCCCUCCUGGGUUACUUUUCCAGACAGAGAAAGAGCAGAAUGGUUAAACGAGAUUGUUUUAAAUCUAUGGCCCAACAUUUCCAAGCACAUUAUUAAGCUAUGUAGGACAAAAAUACAAAAUAACAUAAGAAAGAAAUUCGAUUCUUUCAAAUUUGAGGACAUCGAUUUUGGGGAAACCCCCCCGAAAAUAGAUGGCAUAAAAAUGUAUUCCAAAAGAAAAGACAGUAUAAUUGUGGAUUUUGAUGUAUUUUAUGAUGGAAACUGUGAUAUAAAUUUUUCCAUAAUGGGAAACCAGAUUGGCCGAAUAAAGGAUUUUCAAUUGGAAGUUCAAAUAAGAGUGAUACUGAAACCAUUAUUAGUAAAAAUGCCUUUGGUGGGGGGAAUUCAAGUAUUUUUCCUAAAUACUCCAGAUAUAAGUUUUGAAAUUGAAGGGAUAUCCAAAUUACCAGGACUGAAUUACUUUUUACGACAAAAAAUUGAACACAAGAUUCGCAAGACCAUAGUUUUUCCCAACAGCUUCACAAAAAGGUUCACAAAAACUAUUGAAGCAUCUGAAUUGAAAGCUUUGGAGCCAGAGGGAAUUCUUAGAGUUCACGUUUUUGAAGCCAAAAAUCUGGAAAAAAAGGAUGUAACGGGUAAAUCUGACCCUUACGUUAUUUUGUCUGUUGGAGCUCAGGAAUAUACCACUCAUGUUAUUAAAAAAUCACUAGAUCCCAAAUGGGAUUACUGGUGUGAGUUUGUAAUUUUGGACCCGCUGGCCCAACAAUUGUAUUUUAAAGUUUUCGAUGAAGAUGAUUUUAACGAGGAUGACUUUUUAGGCAGUGGCGCAGUUGAAAUACAUUCCGUUAUAAAACAGGGAGAAAAUGACAGAUGGUUUAAACUGGAAAAAGCAAAGCACGGUGAUGUGCAUUUAAGAUUUACUUGGUUGGGACUGUCUCCUGAAUAUCACGACCUACAUGCGGCUAUAGCUGACACACAACAACUACAAGUCUCCCAUCUGGCAACAGCGCUGUUAACAUUCUAUGUGGAUAGCGCUAGAACCCUGCCGAUGAAAGGUUUCAAAAAACCCGACCCAUACUUUAAAGUAUCACUGGGCACCCAGCAAAUAUUCAAAAGUAAAUCUAAGAAACACACAAAUGACCCAGAGUGGGAACAAGGCAGUUCAGUGUUAGUGCAGGACCCCCACAACGAUAUUUUCACAAUUCACAUUUUCGAUAAACGCACAGAACAAAAAAUAUGCUACUUUGAGUACCCGUUAAGAAAUCUGACAACGCUGAAUUUUAUGCAGAUCAGCAAGGAAGUGUUCCCAUUGGUUACAGAUGAACCUGACUCCUAUGAUAGUCAGAUUAUUAUAUCCUUACAGCUUAGAGUGUUAAGUAAUGCUCUAUAUGAGGGAGACUCUGACUCUGAUUCUGAUUUUGAAGACCUGGGAAAACAUAUUUCCAAAUCAUCAUCAUUAAAAAGAAAUAGUUUGUUGACUUCCCCGGACAGUGAUAAGUCACAUCAAUUAAUAAAUGAAGAAAGAACACAAGUCAGAAAAUCUAGCAGGCUUUCCUCAACACCAUCAAAUGGUGAUGGAAAAUUGUCCUUUAAAUCCAAAAACUCUUCUUUGUCUAGGAGUGGCUCAGGUUUUGGGCAACUAGAAUUGACCAUAGAUUAUAGCAAGCCUAGACAGAAGUUAAUGGUUAUAAUACAUCAAAUAAAGGGCUUAUCCUUAAAACAAACUUCUGAUGAACCAGAUCCUUAUGUAAAAAUAAAGUUAUUUAGUCCUGGAGUCACUACCAAAAAACACAAAACUAGAACCAUUUCUGACACUCCAAAUCCAGAAUUUGAGGAGUUCUUUGAAUACCUUUUAGCAACAAAUGAACUCACAACAUCCAAACUUGUUUUAACAGUAAAAUCCAAAAAAUAUAUAUUCAAUAGCAACAUUUUGGGACAAGUUGUUAUUAAAUUUGAAAAAAUCAUUGAAAAAUUACCCUUUAGAUUUUGGGUAGAUUUGGGACCACAAGAAGAAUCUGAUUAAUGUAAUGUUAAAUUUGAUUCAAUAUCCACUACGCUUAUUAAUUUGUUUUUAUUUUUUUAUUAUACACAUUAUUAUAAUAAUAAUAGGCUUUGUUAAAAAUAAAAAUUAUUCAAUUAUAG